CUCGGCGUCUGGAUGUGUGUCGUGCUGCUGGUCAGCAAUGCCUCAGGCUCGUUGAGGAGUGCUGUGGUUGGUGGGCACGAUGCAGAGCGAGGAAGUUGGCCUUGGAUGGUCUACGUCUACCUGCAGACAAUAAGGGAGCCAUCUGUGUGUGGCGGUUCGCUCCUUAACAGCCAGUGGGUUCUGACUGCAGCUCACUGCAACCGGCAUCAUCCGUCGAAGCUCAGACUGGAGGAAUCGUUUGUGCGUGUGGGAGUUUGGAAGUUAAAGAGAGAGGAAGAAGGACGCAUGCUCCAGAUCACACGCUUUGUGGCUCACAGUAACUACAAGUUGGAACGCCAGAGGCCACUGAAUGAUAUAGCCCUCCUCCAGCUAAGCGUCACUGUGACCUUCGAUAAAUACAUCGAUCCUGUUCCCCUGCCUGCUGCCGAGGAUGUCCUCAAUACCGACGCAGAGUGCUGGGUCACCGGAUGGGGCUACAAAAGCGAGAACAAACGUCCGUUGCCAGGUGACCAGACUCUGCAGGAGCUGCAGGUUCCUCUGCUAGAUGACGCCAUCUGCAAGUCCAUGUAUCCCAUAUCUAAAAAGCACCCCAAACUCAUGCUGUGUGCCGGAUACCUAAUGGGGGGAAAGGACGCCUGCCAGGGUGACUCUGGUGGUCCGCUGGUGUGUAAGUUCUCUAAAGGCUUCGUCCAGGUGGGAGUGGUGAGUUUUGGUGACGGCUGCGCUCGUAUCAAUAAGACCGGAGUCUACACGCGUGUGCAGCACUACCUCCGCUUCAUAAAUGAUACCAUCACCAACUACAGCCCCUCCUAGAGGCCAGAAUAAGCUGUUGCAGUGAAUAUACCACAUAGUCCUACAGCGCCCCUUGUGGACAGCCUUUGCUAUUACACCAUGGACACUAUGUCCUAUAAAGCAUUCUAUUCUCUUCUUUUGUCUCAUUAAAG